AUGCUCACCAUCCACCACCUCCAGCGCAGCCAAAGCGAGCGUAUCCCUUGGCUGUGCGAAGAGCUCGGCAUCCCCUACGAACUCAAGCUGUACAAGCGCAGUCCGCUUCUUUCCCCGCCCGAGCUCCAGGCAUUGACGCCGCUGGGCGCCGCCCCCGUCGUUGAGGAUGCCUCAGUCCAGCAAUCCGAUGGCAAACCGCUGAAGCUAGCCGAAAGCUCUGCCAUCGUUGAAUACAUCAUCCACAAACAUGGCAACGGUCGACUGGCUUUGCCCCCUUCUCACAAGAAUUACCCUGACUACCUGUACUGGUUCCACCUGGCCAAUGGCAACCUACAACCAUGCGUUCAGAGGAGUAUGCAUUUUGCCAUGUUGAAGUUGCCCCCAGACCACCCUGCCCGGAAGAACAUCGACGCCCGGCUGACCAAGAUCAUUGAAUUGAUCAACGAUCGCUUGAAUCAGGUGCCGUGGUUGGCCGGGGACGAGUUCACGGCCGCAGACAUCAUGUCCGUCUUCUCCUUGACUACCAUGAGACUGUUUUUCCCCUUCGAGUUGACCGGCUACAAUGGCAUUCUGUCGUGGCUGCAAAGGGUUGGCCAGCGGCCUGCCUACCGUGUGGCCAUGGGGAAGGGCGAUCCUGACCUCACGCCCGUGCUUGGAGCUGAAGCCCCAGAGCUGUUUCCAGGACUAUCAUGA